CAACAGAUAGAAUUUCGAGUUGAAGGCACAGUCCAAGGCGUGAAUUUUAGGUCUUUCACAGAAACCAAGGCCACAGGACUCAAUCUCACCGGCUACGUCAAGAACGCUGACGAUGGAUCGGUCAUUGGCGAAGCUCAAGGCUCACAAAGCUCGCUCGACAAAUUCGUGCAACAUCUGAACAUGGGUCCGCGGGCGGCAAGCGUGAGCAAAGUCGAACAGAAUGACAUCGACACCAAGGAAGGAGAGAGUUCGUUCAGCCAGUGA